AAGCGCCCACGCCGCCCGCGCCCAAUCCCAGCGCGCCGCGCUGAUGACUCAUCAGUCGCCGGGAAGACGAGGUUCGAACACUGCUCGAAACCGCCGCAGCACUUUGCCCUCAGCCAAUCCGAGCGCGCCCAAAAAGCCCCAAAAAGGACCCGCCCGGCUGGUUUGGGGCUGUCAGCAGCUGUCCGGCGCUGGGCAUGGAGCGUGUGCGGGGAGCUGGGGCCGUGCUGGCGGUGCUGGUGGUGCUGGGAGCCCCCCCGGCUGCGGGCGAGGAGCUGUCGGGGGUCUUCCAGGAGUUUUCUACGAGCGAGUGUUACUUCAUCAAUGGCACCGAGCGGGUGAGGCUCGUGGAGAGGUACAUCUACAACCGGGAGCAGCAAGUGCACUUCGACAGCGAUGUGGGGGUGUUUGUGGGGGACACCCCGUUUGGGGAGAUCCAGGCCAGGUACGCAAACAGCAACCCAGAAUUCAUGGAGCGCAAACGGGCUGAGGUGGACACGUUCUGCCGGCACAACUACGAGAUCUCCACCCCGUUCAUUGUGAACCGCAGAGUGCCCCCCAGCGUGUCCAUCUCGCUGGUGCCGUCGAGCUCCCAGCCCGGCCCCGGCCGCCUGCUCUGCUCCGUGAUGGAUUUCUACCCUGCGCCGGUGCAGGUGAGGUGGUUCCAGGAUGGGCAGGAGCUGCCGGAGCACGUGGUGGCCACCGACGUGGUCCCCAACGGGGACUGGACCUACCAGGUGCUGGUGCUGCUGGAAAUCCCCCCCCAGCGCGGGGUCACCUACAGCUGCCAGGUGGAGCACGUCAGCCUGGAGCACCCCCUCAGCCGGCACUGGGAGAUGCCCCCGGACACCGUCCGCAGCAAGAUCCUGGUGGGGGUCGGGGGCUUCGUCUUGGGCUUGGUCUUCCUGGCGCUGGGGCUCGGCUUCUACCUGCGGGAGAAGAGCUCCUGAGCCACCGGCGGCCGCAGCCCCUCCCCGUGGC